AUGAAAUCCGACAUCACCAUCAGUGAGGAAAGCCGGCAUGGCAUAGAAACGGAGCAUAAUCUCUCCUUUAUCGAAGCUCUGAAAUUGUAUCCCACUGCUGUCGCCUGGUCGGUUUUCUUCUCCUUGGGCAUUAUUAUGACCGCCUUUGAUCCGCAAUUAUUGGGAAAUCUCUAUGCGACUCCUGCUUUUCAGCGAGAUUUCGGCUAUCUCUACGAAGGCUCCUAUAUCGUUUCUGCCCCCUGGCAAACGGGCCUCUCCAUGGGGAGUCCGAUCGGACAGGUCGUGGGCGCUUUUUUUGCUGCGUAUCCAAUGGAAUGGUAUGGCCGCAAGCGGACGUUUGGAGCGUGCGUAAUCUUGACUGCGGGUUUCAUCUUUAUACAAUUCUUCGCCCGAUCAUUGCCAGUCUUGUUGGUAGGGGAACUGCUCGGUGGUUUGAUUCUCGGCACCUACGCUGUCAUUGCCCCGGCAUACGCUUCAGAAGUGUGUCCAGUCGCGCUCCGAGGUAUUCUCACAAGCUAUGUCAACCUCUGCUUUGUAAUGGGUCAACUCAUUGCCAAUGGAGUCAUCGCAGGCACCAGUAAACUGGACACGCAUUGGGCCUAUUCUGCUCCUUUUGCUGCGCAAUGGGUGUGGCCGCUGGUAAUUUUGAUCGGCUGGCCCUUCGCACCCGAGUCUCCAUGGUGGCUCGUCCGCAAAGACAGAAUCGCAGAGGCCGAGGCGGCAUUGAAGCGACUCGCAAGCCCCCAUGUCGAUGUCAAGCCUACACUCGCCAUGAUCAUCGAGACCGAUCGUCUGGAACAUGAGAUGGAGGCCGGCACUACCUAUGCAGAUUGCUUCAAAAAGAUCAACAUGCGAAGAACAGAAGUCGCGAUUGGCGUCUACAGCAUCCAGGUCUUCUCCGGAGUCUAUCUGGUCGGCUAUGCGACCUACUUCUUCGAGCUGGCCGGAUUGCCGACAAGCGAUGCGUUCAGUAUGAGCUGUGGCUUCCUAGCCCUCGGCUUCGUAGGCACGCUAUUCUCCUGGUUCUUGCUCCUCCGCUACGGCAGACGACAAAUCUACAACGUGGGACUCUUCCUACUGGUAAUUCUCAUGUUACUAAUUGGAAUCCUGGACUGCGUUCCCGGCUACGAAGGCAAAAAAGCUGUCAUCUGGGCCCAAUCAAGUCUCAUGCUAAUUUGGAACUUCUGCUACGACUUUUCCGUGGGACCCGUGUGCUUCGUAAUUCUCUGCGAAGUCUCGGCGACAAAAGUCCGAAGUAAAACGAUUGCUCUCUCUACUGCUGUGCAAGCACUCUUGGGCAUUGUCAUGACUGUAGCGAAUCCUUACAUGCUGAAUGCCGAUCAGGCGAAUAUGCGAGGCAAAAUUGGUUUCUUCUAUGGAGGCAUGUCGGCUUUCGCGCUGGUAUGGGCCUAUUUCCGAAUCCCGGAAACCAAGGGAAGAACGUACGAGGAGUUGGAUAUUAUGUUUGCUCAAAAUGUACCUACUAGGCAGUUCAAGACGUAUCGCUUAGAGUGA